ACAUUGCCGGCAGCUUACUUGUGAUAGCCUACGUUUCUUGUGUUUUCGGCGCUGCAGAAGCUUUUGGAGCGUCAUUCUUAUGAAUUACACACAGAGCAGGAGGCGUCUCUUUACAUUUAGUUGUAUUAUCUGUGUUGAGAGGACGAUGCCUUUGAGGACCGGACUUUUUCUCCUGAUGGUGCUGAACGCAUCUGCAUAUGAACUGGAUCAAAACGAGUCUUAUUCGCCCAGGAGAACACGCUUUUCUGCCAAUAGCCCUUCAGAUGUGGCACGCUGUCUCAACAGUGCCCUCCAAGUUGGCUGUGGAGCCUUCGCCUGCCUGGAAAACUCAACUUGUGACACAGAUGGCAUGCAUGACAUCUGCAAGUCCUUCCUUUACAGUGCUGCUAAAUUUGACACUCAGGGUAAAGCAUUUGUGAAGGAGAGCCUUAAGUGCAUUGCCAAUGGCAUCACCGCGAAGGCAUUCCCCACCAUCCGCCGCUGCUCCACCUUCCAAAGAAUGAUAUCUGAAGUCCAAGAGGAGUGUUACAGCAAGCUGGACAUCUGCACUGUGGCCCGAUCGAAUCCAGAUGCUAUUGGCGAAGUGGCACAGCUACCAAGUCACUUCCCCAAUAGGUUUUACGGUAAGCUGCUACAGAGCCUCAUGGACUGUGAUGAGGACACAGUGGACCGCGUUAGGACCAGCAUGGUGUCGCGGCUAGGCCCAGAGAUGACCAUGCUUAUUCAGCUGCUGCAGAACAAGCCCUGCCCAUCCACUGCUGUGGCUGCAGCUGCCGCCAUCCCAACUGGAGUGGAGGGCCGUGGGAGUUGGCGCUGGUCCAUGGGUCCCCAUAUGUACAAGAUCCAGCCUAAUCUGCGAAACAGAGACUCUGCCAGUCAUUUUGGCAAAAAACGCUCGGCCAGUGACAGCUCCUAACUUCCACUCAGAUUCAGAAACUCCACACUCCUCAAAACAUCAUGAAAGCUCCUCUAUUCCCUAGGGGUGAUAGAAAUCCACUCCUCCGCUAGACUGGAAGUUACAGAAAUAUGCACCUCUAGGGAAUGCCGGAACGCCCAUAGAGUUGAUAUCAGAGUUUGAUUGUUGUUCUAUUGUAUAUCCUACACUUUAGGCUUGAGAGAAACCCCCUUUCCAUCGAGUCCGCUCACAGUUAGUGUUGAACAUGUGGCUGUUGCAUCUGUGCGACAUGGUCCUGUUCACUCCUCGUCACCUCCUCCAACAGAGAUGAAUCCUUAAGAAGAUGCCAAGCAAAAAAAAAAGUUUAAAAAAAACAAAACAAAAAAAAACAGCCAUAGUGGUUCGCACCUCUAGAGCACAAGUUCAUACUUUAAAAGACAAAUCUCAUAAUCUCGAUAUUCGUUCAUGAAUAGAAAUCAGUAGUUGGAUUAUUAGUUCAUUGAUAGGAAUGGGAAAUUAUUGGUAGACGUGUCUAAUAUUUCAGAGGUGGGACCAGUCAAAUUGUGAGCAUGAGAUGUUAAAUUUCAUAUCUAUUUUCUGAUUAACACAACAGUUAAAUGUACUGUAUACGAAGUUAUCUGAGACAGCCAUAGCUAGCCCUCUAAAAGAGAGCACUCAUAUGGAGUGAGGUCUGUAGAGGUUUCAUAACAACCUUUGAGAGGUUACCUUAAACUGACCAAAAAACUUCAAACUGCCCUGAAUGCUAUUCAUGAAAUACCAAAAUAGUGUAUAGCUAUAGCACUUAUAAUUGUUUUUUUCUUUCUGAUGGCAGAUGUAGCCAUGGUCAUGUGUUUCAAAUCAUCAUCCUGCACAUAAGGAUUGUUCAGGUCGUGGCCAAGUCUCAGAAAAAGUCCAUUGUGCAUAUCUUGUAUCCAGACACUUGUAAUGCAUAUGACUGUUGAGCUCUACGGUAUACAGUAUGUGGGACCAUGUUUAGUGGAAUCUGUAUCCAUGUUCUUAACCGAGUGUGAAGCAGCAGUGUAUGUGCAGUAGCUGAUUAGCACGUUCACCGAUGAGACUGAGAGCAGCCAUCUUUUUGGACUGAUGAUCAUCAUUCUCUGAGGUGAAUAACGUGACAUACACGCUGGCUUCCAGUGUCAAGAUUGAGAGUGACUAUUUAAAAAAAAGCCUUGUUGGAAUGAUAUUUAUUUUCCUACUAUAUUAUUUAAUGUUGUUGAUUUUUUUUUUUAUUUUAAUGCAUUAUUGUAGUUUUAAUUCGUUUACAGAUUUUAAAAAAAGCAGUUCAGUCAUGGCUCCUAUUUGAACAUGAGCUCUAUGCCAAA